CUCCAUCCUCCGCCACCGCCGGAGCAGCUGCGGGGCCGCCACCGCCUUUGCAGGCUGAGUCAUCACUAGAGAGUGGGAAGGGCAGCAGCAGCAGAAGAAGAAGAAGAAGAAGAAAAAGAAGAAAAAGAAUCCAAUUCCUAAAACUGAUCCUGCAAAGCACCAUUUCUCCAAGUUGGGGGCUCAGAGGGGAGCCAUCAUGAGCGAUGUCACCAUUGUGAAAGAAGGCUGGGUUCAGAAGAGGGGAGAAUAUAUAAAAAAUUGGAGGCCAAGAUACUUCCUUUUGAAGACAGAUGGCUCAUUCAUAGGUUAUAAGGAGAAACCCCAAGAUGUGGACUUACCCUAUCCCCUCAACAACUUCUCAGUGGCAAAAUGUCAGUUAAUGAAAACAGAGCGACCAAAGCCAAAUACAUUUAUUAUCAGAUGUCUUCAGUGGACCACUGUUAUAGAGAGAACAUUUCAUGUAGAUACACCAGAGGAAAGAGAAGAGUGGACAGAAGCUAUCCAAGCUGUAGCUGACCGACUACAGAGGCAAGAAGAGGAGAGGAUGAAUUGUAGUCCAACCUCACAGAUUGAUAAUAUAGGAGAGGAAGAGAUGGACGCGUCUACAACCCAUCAUAAAAGAAAGACUAUGAAUGAUUUUGACUAUCUAAAACUACUAGGUAAAGGGACUUUUGGGAAGGUUAUUUUGGUUCGAGAGAAGGCAAGUGGAAAAUACUAUGCUAUGAAGAUUCUGAAGAAAGAAGUCAUUAUUGCAAAGGAUGAAGUGGCACACACUCUUACUGAAAGCAGAGUACUAAAGAACACCAGACAUCCAUUUUUAACAUCAUUGAAAUAUUCCUUCCAGACAAAAGAUCGUUUGUGUUUUGUCAUGGAAUAUGUUAAUGGAGGAGAGCUGUUUUUCCAUUUGUCGAGAGAGCGGGUGUUCUCUGAGGACCGCACACGUUUCUAUGGUGCAGAAAUUGUCUCUGCUUUGGACUAUCUACAUUCUGGAAAGAUUGUGUACCGUGAUCUCAAGUUGGAGAAUUUGAUGCUAGAUAAGGAUGGCCAUAUAAAAAUUACGGAUUUCGGACUUUGCAAAGAAGGGAUCACAGAUGCAGCUACCAUGAAGACAUUCUGUGGUACACCAGAAUAUCUGGCACCAGAGGUAUUAGAAGAUAAUGACUAUGGCCGAGCCGUGGACUGGUGGGGCCUAGGUGUGGUCAUGUAUGAAAUGAUGUGUGGGAGAUUGCCUUUCUACAACCAGGAUCAUGAGAAACUCUUUGAAUUAAUACUAAUGGAAGACAUUAAAUUCCCCCGAACACUCUCUUCAGAUGCAAAAUCAUUGCUUUCAGGGCUCCUGAUAAAGGAUCCAAACAAGCGCCUUGGUGGAGGGCCAGAUGAUGCAAAAGAAAUCAUGAGGCAUAGUUUUUUUUCUGGAGUAAACUGGCAAGAUGUAUAUGACAAAAAGCUUGUACCUCCUUUUAAGCCUCAAGUAACAUCUGAAACAGACACCAGAUAUUUUGAUGAAGAAUUUACAGCUCAGACUAUUACAAUAACACCACCUGAAAAGUAUGACGAUGACGGCAUGGACUGCAUGGACAACGAGCGGCGGCCCCACUUCCCUCAGUUCUCAUACUCUGCAAGCGGACGGGAAUAAGUUCUUCCAGUUUGUCUCUACACUGUCAUCUUAGACUUUGCCACUGAGAAUGAUUCCUGGACAUCUCCAACAGUCCUCGCUCUUACAGUUAGCAGGGGCACCUUCUGACAUCCCUGACCAGCCAAGGGUCUUCACCCUCACCACCUCUCACCCACAGGAAACCAUAUACACAGACACUCCAGUUUUGUUUUUGCAUGAAAUUGUAUCUCAGUCUGAGGUCUCAUUCUGUUGCUGCUACUGUCUUACUAUUACAGCAACUUUCAGACGUAAUUUUACAAUCUUUGGGAGUCAUGAGCCCAUCGUUCCUUUGUGCAUCAAAUGUCAUCUUAUUUUGGUUUUUGGUUUUCCCUAGCAGUGAAGGCUAAGUGAGAUACACUGAUUCUAGGUACAUUUUUAACUUUCUAGGAGAUAAAUCAAGAACUAAUUAGACUAAGAUUUAGUUUAUAUUUCUGAACAAGCAAUUGUUGAAGGGUGGUGGUGUGUGUAUGUAAGAGUUUAGCCGUGCAUGUCUGACCAGCACAUGAAGUGUGUAUCACUGACAUUAGGCUGGAAAUCCUUAGGAAACAUUGAGAGGACUGAAGGACCAAUAAGAUACACAUGUUUUUUUUUUUAAAUUCCUGCUGGCUAUUCUGGAGGAAGCCCAGUGCCACCCAUGGAUGCCCAGAUUUCAAGGACAUUGUUCAACCAAGUACCUAAGGUGCAGAGUCACCUAGAGAGUCUGAGGAUCUACUUUGUACCAGAGAGUAUUUUUCCCUUGGGCUUGGCAACCUUUUCCCCUUCUUGAUAAUUAUCCCCUCUGAUGGCUGAAGAAUGUAGACAGUAUAAUGAUCCUGCUGUCGCCAAAAUCUAUACACCAAGGCGAACAGGUGUUUGCCUUACCAGUUUUGAAGUUUUUACUUUCAGUUAUAGGCUCCUCUCAAAUACUGCUAUUGAAGACAAAAAUCUGACACCAUCGAGCCAAAGAUGCCUUUUUGGGGGGAGGGGGAGGGGCUUGCUUUGUGUUGUUCAGAGAAUGGGAAGAAUGAUGCAGAGUGCUUCCGGAGUGCACACAGUUCAAUGGGAAAUACUGGAUGCUGGCUAAAGGUAGACAUGGUCAGAGGGAAGAAGCGGUGACCGGCAGGAGGAAAGGUGGUCUUCAGUACACUUUGGCUGACUUCAAACAUGUGCCUUUUGGUGUGUUUUGUCAUUGCUACAAAAUGAAAAGGAAACAGAACAACUCAAGUCUUUAGAAAGGUCAUUUUAUUAAUCCCUGUGCAUUUAGAGACAACGUAAAUCAGUGACUUGAAGCUGUUCUGAGCACACACUCCCAACUAGCCCUAGCCAGUUGCUGCUGAAGCACUCCCUGUCUGUAGCACAGGGACAGACCAUGGCAUGAGGACCAGCCCCCUGCAGUCCCCGGUGGUGUCUCCCUGGGGAGGUUUCAGUGCACUGUGGCACAUUAAGUACAAAUCAGAUGAAUGUAAAUAUCUCUUUGUAAAUCAUUUAUUUCACUCUGUUUCAUCCAGGUCAGCAAUCAGAUUGUGGCAUGCUGGGUAACUGGAAAAAAAUGAUAAUAAAAAGUAAGUUUAAAUAGA